GUAACCACUAUCCUUCUACUGUCUAGCUCGGUCACGCGACAGGAUAGAUGGCAUGUUUCCGCGAUUGUCAUCAAGCCGUUACUGCUUUCGCACACACACGUUGGUCGAAAUCAAAUACUUGUCUUCCAAGUAGCAGGUUCUCACCAUCAUUGAAUGAGUCGAGUUUCUGCCAGUGCUUGCGUGGACAUUAAGCAACUAGCCGAGGUGAUUAAAACCAGCUGAGUAGUGCAAUCAAGCACUUUAACACCAACCAUGACCACCCCUCUCUACACUAUCAUCGGGACGCCAUUCAGUACCUUCACCCGAUCUAUCACUCUCGCAUUGGUUCAUAAGGGGAUACCCUUCACCCAAGUUAGAUGCGUCCCACACUCGGAUACAGCAUAUGAUAACCAUCCAUUCGGGUUUCUGCCCACCCUGGUCAUCCACGAGAUUGAUGGCAAGACAGUCAACCUGAAAUUGCGCGAGACCACUGCCAUCGCGCGCUACAUUGACAGGAUUGCACCCCAACCCAGCUUACUUAUCUCGCCGGGUCACGGGAAGGCAGUUAUCGAGGAACAGUUGUGGGAGUUUGUGAGUCUUGUUGGGGCACAUGGUUUCCCUGCUGUUGAGAAAGGGGUCGUGAAACCCCGUGUAGCUGCGAUCGACGGAGGCAAACUUACGGAUUCUGUGGUUCGCGAACAAAUCAAACCAGCUGUGGAGCAUCUUCAAAAGUUGCUUGGUAAAGUGGAAGAACUGAUGGCAGAUGAGGGCUACGUGUUCGGAAGCCAGCUGAGCUGGGCGGACUUCUUUUUGUUCCCACUGCUUGCAGAUCUGAAAGCAGUGCCGGAGGGCGAACUGCUUUCUCCAAGAUUGGUGAACUGGAUGGGGGAAAUGAAUAAGUUGGAGGCAGUCAAGGCCACCACUCCGGGUACCUUGAGUGUUGGUGCAAGACCCCCCUAAUCACCCAACUCGAACAGUGUACAGGAAUUUAUUGUGAAUGUCGAGUGUGUAUUAAAUAGAGAAGUUAGCUUUCAAUCGAGGCAUGAUUUGUACGUAGAACUAGUAUCCAAGAAAUCUUCAGUU